UGAAAGAAAAGUUCAAUUUUGUAUAGCAAAAAGUGAAAGAUUAUAUUUUCUAUCGAUAUACUAAAUAUAAGAAUUGUUGUAACUUAUUAAUAACCCCUUUCGUCAAACCCCUAUUGCUUACAAUUGAAGAAAAAUGCCUUUAGUGGAGAAAACCGGCUUUUUCCCCGACUACUAUCUUAACCUGAAAAACUCGCAAUCGAGCAUUUUUGAUAUGGAGGUGGCCAAAAUUGCGGCAUGUCGCAACGAUUACGAGCGGCUGACAUUUGUCGAGCAAUUUCCUGGCGUGCGGGAACGCGAUGCCGAGCUGCAAGUGAGAAGGGUGUAUGCGGGCAAAGAUGUCGACACGGCAGCACAAUUGAAGGAGAAGGGCAAUCAGGCAUUCAAAGCUAAGAAUUGGUUUGAAGCAAUGCUUUUCUACACAAGAAGUUAUAUGGCUUUACCGGAGGACAAGGCAAGCGAACGCGCGAUUAUCUUGGCAAACCGCUCUGCCACACUCUUUCACAUGGAGAAAUACGAUGAGACGCUUAUUGAUGUGAAACGCUCCAUAGAUUUGGGAUAUCCAAAGGAGCUGCUAUACAAGCUUUACGAGCGUCAGGCGCGUUGCUAUCUAGCGCAGGAGAAUUUUCCGCAUGCCAUCGAUUGCUUCAAAAAAUGUAUCACUGCAUUGGAUGAUGCCAAAGUGCCUUCGGAUAAACGCAGCAAAUUGUCCCUGGAUUGCAUGACUAUGAUUAAGUUGCUAGAAAGGGAUCCAAAAAGCAGCAAACAGGCGGAGCGACAAAAGAAAUUAGGUGAGGUGAAAUUGACCAUGGCCAUACCCGACGAGAAAGAGUUCCUCAGUGAAGCGGUGCGCAUCGAUCAGAAUUAUGCGGAGGGUAGAUUUGCGCGUGCUGCCACCGAUAUUACAGUGGGUGAGGAGAUAUUGGUGGAGAAGCCAUUUGUGGCGGUGCUGCUAGAAAAAUUCGCUAAAACGCAUUGCGAUAAUUGUUUUAUAAGAACCGCAGUACCAGUAGCUUGUCCGAAGUGCGCUGAUGUGCUCUACUGUUCCGAAGAGUGUCAAUCCAAAGCCAGUUCCACUUAUCACAAAUACGAGUGCGGAAUUUUGCCUACAAUUUGGCGUUCGGGUGCAUCAAUUAACUGUCAUAUGGCUCUGCGCGUUCUUGCUAAUAAAUCUUUGGAGUAUUUCUUAAACAUUAAACAAGAUAUCGAGAAGGAGUUAACCAUCGCUGAAAUACUCAAACUACCCAGCGACGACUAUAGACGCGUAUCGCAUCUGGAACGCCACGAAAAAACACGGCCACCAUCGAACUUUUUCCAGCACACACUCAUGGCGCGCUUUCUAACUAAAUGCCUUGCAGAAGCUGGCUACUUUGGUGCGUCACCUAAAGCUGAAGAUUUGAACACCAUUGGCGGCAUAAUUUUGCGUACUCUGCAGUUCAUACAAUUCAAUACGCACGAAGUGGCCGAAUUGCAUGCCAAGAAGGCAGAUGGCAACGAGAAGACGGUCUUCAUUGGCGGAGGCCUCUAUCCAACUUUGGCGCUCUUCAAUCACUCAUGCGACCCGGGUGUGGUGCGAUACUAUCGUGGCACCACCAUACAUGUCAAUACCAUACGCCCCAUCGAAGCUGGUCUACAGAUUGCCGAGAAUUAUGGACCCAUUUAUACGCAAGAAGGACGCGAUAAGCGCCAAGCACAACUUAAAGACCUCUACUGGUUCGAUUGCACUUGUGAUCCCUGUUUGGAGAAUUGGCCCACCUUUGAACAGCUGCCAACCGAUGUCAUACGUUUCCGCUGCGAUGGACCGAAACAGUGUAGAGCAAUUAUCGAAGUGCCGGCCACCUGCAAUGAUUUCAUGAUCAAAUGCGUGACUUGCGGCGAGAGCACAAACAUUUUGAAGGGGCUCAAAGUGAUGCAGGACACCGAAUUGAUGACACGCACCGCCAAGCGUCUCUACGAUGCAGGCGAUUACUCGAAGGCAUUGAACAAAUUCAUUGAUCUACUAAAGAUUAUGUACGAGGUACUGGCACCGCCCUUCCCCGAUUUUUGUCAAUGCCAGCAGCACACAAAGGAUUGUUUCCUGCACUUGGGCAAUUUCUAUAAUUUGAAUUAGUACCUACCGUGCCUACAUACAUACAUACGUACCGAGUUAUGCAGCUAAUGAAGCUAAUUGCUUGUGACAUUGCCAUUAGUAAUGAAAUUCGAAAUGUUUGCGCAACAACUGGUAAUUGUUUAA